CGUACGCGUUUAACGCCAACUGCGUCUACUACGUCAGCCAACCAGCUCUCUGCUGACCUGACAACAGCCACGAAAACUAAAGAAGGUAAUUUUUUCGCUGUUGUAUUUUGGUUUAUUUUCCGCAUAUUUAAUUAAAGAAGUCGAUACUUUAGUUUUUAUUAUUAUAUUACGGUUCAAUAGAGUGGUGUCGAACACCCGGUUUUAAGACAUUUUGUUUCGUAACAAAACGCUGUCAAUCUUGCUACAUAUCUUCAUCGAAGUUCGCAAACAAUUUGCAUAUACAUUUAAAAGAAAUAUCAAGAUGUUGGAUUGAAACUUAUCACAUAGAAAAUGUUAGUUAAAACGGAAAUAUCUCAAGAAACUAGGUGAAAUGCGUAGUGUAACUUCUUGAGAAGCUUCCUGGUGGAAUGAAACCGAGACUGGUAUUUGGUACAUAACCUUGUAACCAUGGUGAGGGCGCUUUCAUGGCACAAGAUAUAAAGUCAUAUCAUAUAUUUGUGAUGAAUAUUUUCACACUAAUUCGAUUAACGAUUUAAGUUGGGACGCUUAUUUCCCACGUUCAGAGAGAACAUUUUUUUUACAAGAUCUACAAGCGUUUUGAGGCGAAACAAAAAUUAAUAUGUUAGUCUCAAAGCUUAAUACACAUUCUGACAUCGGUUUGAGUUUUUGGCGAUUCUUGGAUGCUAUCUACGCAUCUUUUUAAAUCAUCAUCAAUUUAUUUGGUACUAAGAAUUGGGCAAUACUUCCACCCCUCUCCCUCACUUCUUUCGAUAGAUAGUAUGCAAAUUGUUGCAUUAAAUGUAUUGUUCAUUGACGCGUUUUUACAAUUUCCUUAAAAAUGAUGGCAGCUUGAUAUUUCCGAGCUAUUCAAAAUACUAUAUGCAAAAUUUUUUUUGUAGACCAUUUUUUAAUGCCGGUUGAACUGCUUGAAAGAAUUUUCCCUUUUCGCCAUACCGAUCAUGUUAUUGCGGGUGCAACAUCGAUGAGAUGUUAUUCUUUUUUUUUUCAUUCCAUCCUGUAAACAUUACGCAACUAAAUCAUAGCUUUAAUGUAGCACAAAAAAAAUCGCCCAUUUUCCCUUUAAAACGUUCCAGUUCUCUUUUUUCGUGUUACAACGCAUUAACGGUUAUCAGAAUAGAUCGUUGACAUUAAUGCUGGACAUCAUUUAAACUGCAGGACAUUCCUCUCCUUAGCCCCAUUCUUGUCAUUUUUGUGGUCAGACCAACAACGCGACGAAAACUGGGUCAAGUGGAUAAUUUUAUAUACAGACACAGUAUUGAAUGCACUGUAUAUUUACCCUGGUAUAACACAUAGGCCAGUCAAUAAACAACUUAGGUUGGAAAAAAUUGGGACAAAGGUUUUUCAACUGAUUCCGGUCCGUUGAAGGCCCAAUAUUGCCCCAAAAAAUUUCCCCCAUGAAUCCCCCCAUGGCAAAGUCUAUUUUUGGCCAAAAUCCAAAAUGGCCGCCAUUGAAUGGGGAGGGUCACCUUAACAAUUACAAUCCUGUUAACACAUUCCUUUUUUUCUGUCGCUAAUGUUGCAGCGGAUAGUAUAUAUUGUGCAACAAGUAAUUUUGCUGUAGUUUUCUGUUCUCUCGUCAAAGUAAUAAUCAGCAGGCAGUUUUGAAAAUGUUGAGCUAUAGUUUUGUUAAAUGCAAAAGUUUACUCCAGUGUGUUACUGAAAAGCGUUCCUGUUUUUCUAUUUGCCAUUGCUUUUAGUCUUUAUUUCCUUUUCUUGUCCACUGUCUGUAAAGGUGUCAGCUUUGCUGUGGAUUGCAUUCUGCCUUUUUUUCGUAAUGGCUGCAUUUAAUUUUAAAAACAACCCAUCAUUAGUUGGAUGCCCUAUAUAGUGGGAAAAAAGUGGAAGUGCUAAAUGACGGUGGAUUUAAGAAUCCGACCCAUACACAUGUAGGCAUUUGGCAAAAAAAAAAAAAAAAAAAAAAAAUGCAGUCCAAUCUGACACAUUGAAAUGUUAAGUACAGAAACAUAUUGUCAAUAUUCAAAUCAUGCAAUCGUUCAAACUGUAUGCGUAACGAUUUUGUGAGAAGUCCAUGGCCAUAUGUAAUGCUACUACGACUAUUGUAAAUUGCCAAACCUUAAUAGGAAAGACUGGACUAACUGUUGACAACAUUUAAAACACUUUUAAGACAUAUUUGUCACUGCAAAGAGGAAGUGCCACAAAUAAAAGAACUUGGAUAAGAAACCGGUACAAUAGUCAUUAUUGCAUCAGUAGAUACUGGCAAAUGGUAGGCCUACAAACUGCACUUUACCAACAAAAUAUGCUUGAUGCCCAAUGAUGAACUAUACCAUGCAUAAUAUGGGAGACAACAUUGUGUAAAACUUAUGUCUGCGCACUGUGCGUUGAGUUGUAGAGAAUUUCAAUAAUCUCAUACAUGUUUCCCAGAAUGAGACUCUCAGUGCAAGAACGCAAUAUUGGAAUGGAGAUAUUUUCAGAUGCAGCUGAUUCUCGAGAUUUCUCGAAGAAAAUCACAUGACCUUGGAGAUGAUAGUGCGGGGGCGACAGAUCAGAGAAUCAGGUUGGAAUUUCCGGCCGGAUUCUUAUGGCCUGCUCAGCAUCAACCGUAAUCAAUCAGUAGUCUGAAGAACUGUGAUUUCCAGAGAUACAGCCACGUGACUACAAGCUCUACAGCAAAAGUCACAUUCCGGGGAUUCUCAACACUUAUUUGGAGAAUCGGACCGAUCUUGACCCACUUUCGUACGUCGCGGCAGCAAGCGUGCUGCCCAUGCGCACUAACAACUACGUGGUAGAAGACCUCAUUGAUUGGUCCAGCGUUCCCAAUGAUCCCAUUUUCCAGUUGGUGUUCCCACAACCAGGUAUGCUGUCGGAGGAGGGUUUGGCGGACGUGCGCGACCUUCUACGACGUGGAGUGACCCGUACCGUUCUGAGAGAAACAGUGGAAAAACUAAGGGCGGAGCUUAAUCCACACCCAGCCAAUCAGAAAACUCUAAACGUACCACGAGUCAAUGGUCAAGAGCUUCCCGGCAUGCAACACAAGUAUCGGGAGACGGUCCUGUUCUUCCCUUCUGAAGGCCAGUUUUGCCAGGCUUUUUGCACUUACUGUUUCCGUUGGGCCCAGUUUACAUCUGUGGGCAGUCAACAACAGUUUCAGAGCACUGACGGGGACCUUCUCCGGGCAUACCUGCGCACGAACAAGUGUGUCAGCGAUGUGUUGUUCACUGGUGGCGAUCCCAUGGUAAUGACGGCUCGUCAAUGGCAGCGGUACCUUCUUCCCCUGAUCAAUGACCCGACACUGGACCACGUGGCCACUGUCCGCAUUGGCACCAAGUCCAUCGGCUACUGGCCAUACCGGUACAUCUCGGAUUCGGACUCCGACGACAUUCUGUGGUUGUUAGAAAGAGUGGUGAAAUCGGGUAAGCAUCUGGCCAUCAUGAGUCACUUCUCGCACCCGCGAGAGUUGAGCACUCCUGUCGCCCAGGAAGCCAUUAGACGUAUCCAGAUGACGGGCGCGACUAUCCGCGCACAGGCGCCACUGAUCAGACACGUGAACGACAACCCGCAGACGUGGGCGGAUAUGUGGCGGUUGCAAGUAAGACUUGGAAUCAUCCCCUACUACAUGUUCGUGGAACGAGACACGGGCGCAAAACAUUACUUCGAGGUUCCGUUAGCGGAGGCUGUGAAGAUCUACCAAGAGGCCUCGUCGAGCAUCUCCGGUAUCGGGAGAACGGUUCGGGGACCGUCGAUGUCAGCGUCCCCCGGGAAAUUGCACGUGCUGGGUACCGCCACGCUCCAAGGUGAGAAGGUCUUCGUGCUCAAGUUCUUACAAGGGCGGAAUCCUGCCUGGACGGAGAACCCAUUUUUUGCUCAGUACGAUCCCAAGGCAAGCUGGCUCAGCGACCUCAGACCGGCCUUCGGGGAAAAGAAGUUUUUCUUUGAAGACGAACUUGAAGAGAUAGAGCGCGCCGAGACGUCAUCAGGGGCGCUGUACCCGUACCCUGAGGGUAUGGAAUACAAAAACAUGAUGCUAUGAGCUCAUUUCAACUCUGUGUUGGGCGCUACUCGUCAUAGUGCGACAGAUGAAUCUGUGUAACAACGGACUUAUUUGUAAACAGGAGCAGUAUGAAUAAGACUGUAUGAACAAAAUGUAACAUAAUCAUUAUAAAUAACUGCUAUCACUCAUGUGUGAUGCCAUAUCAUUAUGGAUGACAAUCCUUUGUAUAGCUAAAGUACUUCAACUUUGUAUAUUCUAGAUUACAUGAUAAGCUCUUGUAUAACUACUAGACUGAAGUUUUGUAUAUCCUAAUUCACAUGACAAUUCUUUAUAUAGCCACCGGGCUGCAGUUUUGUCUCUGAGCUGCUGCUUUGUAUAUCGUAGAUAACAUGACGAUUGUUUAUAUUAAUAGAUACUAAGCUGCAGCUUUGUAUAUCCCAGAUCACCUGAUGAAUCUUUGAAUAUCCUAGAUCACAUUUUGGUUCCUCAUUCAGCUACAGGACUGCAGCCUUGUACAUCCUGGAUCACAUGAUCCUUGUAUAGCUGCAGGACUGCAGCCUUGUACAUCCUGGAUCACAUGACCCUUGUAUAGCUACAGGACUGCAGCCUUGUACAUCCUGGGUCACAUGAUCCUCGUUCAGCUACAGGACUUCAGCCUUGUACAUCCUGGAUCACUGCAGCUUAUAUACACUCGAUAACAGAGUGAAACAUUUUGUCCUUCUUUUCAUUAUUAACAGACAAACACAUACUACUGUUUCCAUAUCAUUUAUAUACAGUAUAUACAUACAUUAAAUCAUUAUGGAAGGGAUCUGUUCAGAGCAUACCUAUUGUUAAUAAAACAUUCCUCUCCAUAAUGUUGCCUUUUAUUUCUUCCUUCAGGCACCAAGUUCAUAAUUUCAUUUGUCAUGAUUUCACACUUUCUUUUUUUUUAUCCAAGGACUCAUCAUAUGUUAGUCCAGAGUUAAUUAAAAAAAAAAAAAAAAA